AUGUCCCUCUCUCGAAUUGGACGGGGCUCAACAAGAACUGUGGGAAAAAUUGAGAGCUGUCUUAUUUGCCAAUUUCGUCAAUUUAACAGAACGACUCAGCACAAGGGCCCUGCAAGACUAAUAUUAUCUUCACAUCAACAAAAGUCUAGAGCUCCAAUUCAGAUCCGGGAAUAUGCUACCAAGCCGAGAUUCGAUGCUCCAAAAGCCCGGGCUGAUGUCGACGAGCGCAGCCGGUUAGGCUUCUAUACACUCGCUAAACAACAAGGCUCUCUCAAGAUGGAGCCUCGCAUAGCGCAGAGUCUGUACCAGGACUUUGUUACACACAAGAGUAAAAUGGAUCAUGGUACCAAUAUUCUGCGAUUAGUAAAGAAGUACAAUGUCGCACUUGACGACGUUUCCUCUCUUGGGAUCAUAACUUUCAAAAUACCUGAUAUCAGCGACCCUGUUAAAAGAGCUCAAAUCCCCCCAAGUCAGCACAAAGCUAUCUCCGGACUGCUUCUCCAAGGGUGUGCCCAAGCUGGUGAUCCUCUAGCAAUUGUGCAUAUCCUGACUGCUGUCUAUCUAAGCAGCGCAGGUGACGAAUCUGUGCAAGAGCUAGCACGCCUUUUUCCGCGUUAUGAAAUUUCCAAAUACCGCCAGACGUUAGAGAGCUUUGAUCAACAAACACUGGAAAAAACCACUGCUCUAUGGCCAGAAGUCUUAACUCUGAAAGGGCUUUUUCUUGAACAGGAGGGUCAAAGACUCAAAGCUAAGGAAACGUAUCUGCAGGCCAUUAAUCCUUCUAGUCUCAAAUAUGAACCUGGGUCAAGACACCCCAUGCAGCUGCCACUAAUCGCGCCGUGGAAUGCACUUGGGUUCUUACUAAAAUCCGAAAAAGAUCCAGAAGUGCGAGCUGAAGCAAAGACUCCAUUUGAGCUGGGUGCUCUAAAAGGCGAUGAUCCGCUCUCAUAUUAUGAGCUUGCGGCUUUUGAGCCCAGAGCAAGCGAGAAGUGGCUACGAUACACAAGUAAAGCAGCAGCAUCUGGUCAUCAGCAAGCCAUGAUAAAUCUCAUCGACUUUUACCAAGAGGCUGCAAAGACUGAAUCUCCCGUUCUCAAAGAUGACGGCAUACGCAAAGCGCUCAAUUGGCUGCUGGGAUGGAAGCCUGGCAGCGCUGCAGCACUAGCGCGGGAAUGGCUUGAGGCUGCAUCUAACGCCGGCCAUAAGCCUUCUAUGCUGCAGCUUGCGGAUUAUCAUGACUCAAACGGUGAUCAAGAACAAGCGAAGGAAUACCUGCGACAAAUACUCGAAGUCCCGAGUGCAGCCAAUCAAAAGGAAGAGUGGCCACAACUCGUUCAACUUGCAAGGAAACGGCUUGCUGGGAUCAGGUAG